GCUUCAGGAGCACAAGCAAGGCUGGUAAAGUCAAACAAGCUGACAGAGGAUCACUUAUUACGAAAUCAUCUCUUGCUGCCUACUUCUAGAAGAUCCUAAGACAAGAUGAAGGCUCUGAUUAUAACUGCUGUCAUCUUGACUUUCACUGCUUGCUUCUUGUCAACUGAUGCACAUAAGCGAAGAAGCCACAAAGAGUCUAGUGAAAGUGUUGAACAGCAUUUGAAACUAAGGAAAAAAACUGAAAAAUCUGAACAAGGCCUUGGAAAUCCACGUGGUCCCCAUGGAUGUGGUACUCGAAAACACUGCAAAGGUCACAGAUUCUCACAGUCCUACUGUUUCCACUCACAAAGCAAAGCCUCCGAGCCUGGGAAAAACACAAAUUAUCAAGUCCCACAGGUCACUUCUAGUGCUCCUGCAGAUGAAAUUAAAACAGCCACAACCCCUGCUGCUGCUGCUGCUGCUGCUACUACCACUUCCACCACUGGCAGAACUGAUGGCACUACAUCUAGCACCCUCCAACCAGACCCUGCUGCCCCUGAGGCUGGCACUACCAUUGCCCCCGAGGCUGGCAGUACCAUUGCCCCUGAGGUUGGCACUACUGCUGCCCUUGCAGUUGGAACUACUCCUGCCCCUGUGUCUGGCACCAGCAGUGACCAAACACCUGGCACUACAGUUUCUAGUCAGCAACAGCAGCUUCAGUAAAUUUUACUGAAGACUGCAAAUCUU